AUGGUCCUGGUCCACGUCGGCUAUCUCGUGCUUCCAGUGUUUGGCUCUGUGCGAAACAGAGGUGCCCCCUUUCAAAGGUCUCAGCAUCCUCACGCUACCUCCUGCCGCCACUUCCACCUGGGCCCCCCACAGCCGCAGCAGCUCACCCCCGACUUCCCCCUGGCCCACCCCGUGCAGUCGCAGCCGGGCCUCAGCGCCCACAUGGCCCCGGCCCACCAGCACAGCGGCGCCCUGCACCAGUCGCUGACCCCGCUGCCCACCCUCCAGUUCCAGGACGUCACAGGUCCCUCCUUCCUACCUCAGGCCCUGCACCAGCAAUACCUCCUGCAGCAGCAGCUCCUGGAAGCCCAGCAUCGCAGGCUGGUCUCGCACCCCAGGCGGAGUCAGGAGCGUGUGUCUGUCCACCCCCAUCGCCUCCACCCCAGCUUCGACUUCGGCCACCAACUGCAGACGCCUCAGCCCAGGUAUUUGGCUGAGGGCACCGACUGGGAUCUCAGUGUGGACGCUGGCCUGAGUCCUGCCCAGUUCCAGGUGCGGCCCAUCCCUCAGCACUAUCAGCAUUACCUGGCGACUCCUCGAAUGCAUCACUUCCCCCGGAACUCCUCCUCCACGCAGAUGGUCGUUCAUGAAAUCCGUAACUACCCUUACCCUCAGCUCCACUUCCUGGCUCUCCAGGGAUUGAACCCCAGCAGACACACCUCAGCUGUACGGGAGAGCUACGAGGAGCUUCUGCAGCUCGAGGACAGGUUGGGGAAUGUGACCCGGGGAGCUGUGCAGAACACCAUUGAAAGGUUCACCUUCCCUCACAAGUACAAGAAGCGAAGACCCCAGGAUGGCAAGGGCAAGAAGGAAGAGGGGGAGGAGUCCGACACAGAUGAGAAAUGCACAAUCUGUCUGUCUAUGCUCGAAGACGGAGAGGAUGUGAGACGCCUACCCUGUAUGCAUCUCUUUCACCAACUUUGCGUGGACCAGUGGCUUGCCAUGAGCAAGAAAUGCCCCAUCUGCCGAGUGGACAUUGAGACACAGUUGGGAGCCGACAGCUGA